ACGUGAGACGCGCCGUAAUGGAGUCGCUCCCACAACAUCAGCUCUCUGCCUCCAUGUUUCUCUGGCUGGUCGUCAGUGUUGUAAAUCUGCAGCCGUCUGUGUGUGGUGGUGCUGGUGGUGGUGCUGGUGGGGGUUGCCCCGCGGACGGACGCACCUGGGUGCCCUUCAACCAGAGAUGCUACCACUUGGUCCACGGGGAAGAAGACAAAGCCAAGAGCUACACGUUCGAGGGCGCCAAGACGCUCUGCCAGAACUUCGAACUUGUGACUGUCCAGAGCUCCGAGGAGAGCGACUUCAUCCUGGACUACAGCAGGGCGGUUUGGAAAGGCACCAUGCACGUCUGGCUCGGCAUGUAUUACGACACAAGCAGUGAGGACAUGAAGUGGUUCGGGGAGCAAGCUGUGAACUUCACAAACUGGGAGGACCCUUCCAGCCCGUCCGACCUGGUGCCUGUGGACACGUGUGUGGCCAUGCACAGCAACACGGGGAAGUGGGAGAACGUCAGCUGUCUGGACGAGGUGGAGAAUGGAGUCAUCUGUGAGACUGCAGAAAGGGCAGCGGAGGGCAAGCGGGAACCUACCCCGCUGGUGUCUGCCCUCGUCAUACUGGCUGUGGUAGCUAUCAUGGGUGUAUCGGCAGUCAUUUGGUUCCUGCACCAGAAACAUGACUUUGGCUCCACCAUGUUCACCUCGUUUGAGUACCACCCACCUUUCCGGACCCCGGGCGCCGACCGGUCCUGCCUGGUGGAGGCCGAGGAGACGGACGACAUGCCAUAGAGGAGAGAGCCUUCUCUCAGGGCGUACUCACACUAGGCACAGUUGCCUUGUACCAUACCCGAGCAUGAUUGUCCCCCCCCCCCCUCCCCCCCACUCCCUCCCCACCUGUGCUCACGUUGCGCUUUACUGUUCUGGGCCCGAGCACGCUUACGUCGUCACGAGGCUACUUUCUGUGUUGAGGAGAAGCUCUCUCACAUUGUGCCUUGUGGCUUAGUUGGAGUCGUUUCGGGAGCAGUGACACGCGACUCUCUCACGCGCCUUACAGAUUUAUCAAUUAUGCAACGCAGCAAUUUUCAGUAAAUUGUGCUGCACGCAUAAGAAUGGGGUUUUUUUUUUUAAUGGGAUAUUUGCAUAAUUGACAUCAUAGCGUUCGAGUUGCGUGCUCGGGCAGAGUUAGUGAUCACAUGGGUUGCGUACCGUGCCCGAGUCCAACUGAGCCGUGCCUGAGCCCACCUCUUCAAGUGGGCCAGGGCACGGUACGCUGAAACGUGCCCGAGCACGGUACCGAGCGAUCGGACUCGUCAAACCAACUGUCCCUUGGGGGUCAAAUGUGCUCGGGCACGGUACGGAUUCCCUAGUGUGAGUACACCCUCAGUCCCCCGAUGGUGAGCAGCAGGGGGUUGAGAUGGAGUUCUAUUGUCCGAAAGAGCUGGUUUCACCGGUGAAGUGGCGCUGUUGACACGGUAAUGUCAACCUAGACUAACGCCGUCCCAGAGACUCGCCCCGCCUACUUUCUCUGCCCUGUUUCCUGUCAGAAUAACCGUCCGCAGUUGGUUUUCUAUGCUUCUGUCCAACUUGAUAAACGAUUCUACACGCUGCUGUUGUAAGUAGUCGGGAUCCUAAUGGAAAUGUUUUUAACUGUACGCUAAAGGUGUCCCUCCGGACAGUGUCCCGAUGGUAAAAAUAUAUAUUUUUUCAGUCAUAUCCUUCAGAGGGCAGUUUUGGUCAGGAAUAGUCAAGAAGGCUUGCUGGUAUGCAUAUACACCGAUCAGCCAAAACAUUAAAACCACUGACCGGUGACGUGAAUCACAUUGAUUAUCUUGUUACAAGUCCAGGUUCAGUCUUACUGUUGUAUGUAGUACUAGAAUACAGUGAAAUUCCUGUGCUCUGCUUCCCUCUGCCUAAACACAAGGGACACAGGGACACAAGGACACACCACCCCCCCCCCAAAAUGAAAACACCACAGACCUAACUAGGCUAUGUACACAGUGAACUCAUACAUUAUAUACACAAUAUACAGUACACGAUAACACACCAAUGUAAGGUGCCUAUGGGUGUGUCAGCUGUUCAGCAACCUGCCUGUGGAAAGAAACUCCUCCCGAGACGGGUGGUGUGUGGUUUGACACUUCACCCCACAGAAGAGCUGCUGCGGAGUCGACAGGUCAGAGCUUUUUGGCGGCACGAGGAGGGACCUACACAAAAUUAGGCAGGUGGUUUUAAUGAUCGGUGUGUACCUGCAAGUGGUUAGAAGUCAUGAAGGCAUUUUAUAUAUAUAUAUAUAUAUUUUCUUUUAAGAUCUUAAAGCAUAUCUAGGAGACAAUGCACUGACUGCAGUAAAAAAAACGUGCUUGGGAGUGUGACUUGUGUUUUGCUAAGGAAGUGCAAGUAAGUUGAUAAACUCAGACCUGAAUACCCAGUUUCCCCCCGAGAUGAACAAAGUGUUCUGAUUCUGAUUCUGAGUAGCUGAUGAUGUUGCAGAAUUUCAUGCAAUUAUGUGAAGUGUCGCUUUUAUUUCCGUUACACGUUUUCCUCAACAAAAUCUUUGUGUUCACUGUGCAAUAUCCUAUAAAUUCAUUUUUGUCUGAUAAGAGCCCUGUGUGUGUGUGUGUCUGUGUUUCAUAAUAAACA